UUAAUUGUUGAUCUGUGUACUAUAUGCAGUCUUUUCCUCAACUAGGGGUGUCAAGGAUCCCCUAAAUUUUAGUCAUUGAUGGUGGUAUGGUACUUCUGUUGAUGAACGUAGUCAAAAUUCGUUUUGAAUUGAAUAUGCUUUAGAAACCUCGUGCUUUUAUGUGAAUCAACUAUCACCAACUCAAUGUAUAAAAUAAUUUACAAAUAUAUCUCGAAACAUUUAUAAUACAAUCAUUAUCAUAACUGAUAUAAUCAAGGAAAGAGGAAUAAUGGUUGAAAGUGCUUGUGAUCCUACAAUAGAAAAACAUUUUAAAGGUCAUGAAAACACUAUUACAAGUUUAUAUUUUCAUCCUGAGACUACUCAACUUGUAUCAAGUAGCCUAGAUAAAACUUUAAUACUAUGGAAUCUAAAAGAAUCCGUAAGGGCUUACAGAUUUCAGGGACAUAAAGAUGCUAUAUUUGAUGUUGCUUAUGCUCCAUCAGGAGAAGUUAUAGCUAGUGCUUCUAGAGAUAGAUCUGUUAGAAUUUGGGUUCCUAAAGUAACAGGUCAAUGUUUAGAUUUUAAAGCUCAUUUAGGGGCUGUUAGAUCGAUACAGUUUAGUCCAGAUGGAAAGAAGUUGAUCACUGCAUCAGAUGAUAAAAGUAUCAAAUUAUGGACAGUAUGUCAAAGAAGAUUUCUCAUGUCAUUUGUAAGCCAUACAAGCUGGGUCAGAUGUGCUAGAUUUUCCUUGGAUGGUAGACUUGUAAUCUCCUGUAGCGAUGACAAAACAAUAAAAUUAUGGGACAUUAUUAGUGGACGCUGUAUUCAAACUUUUAAUGAUAUAAAAGCUCAUUCUACACAUGUGGAAUUUCAUCCAAGUGGGUCUGUUAUUGGAUCUGCAAAUACAGCUGGUUGUGUAAAAUUAUAUGAUUUACGUACUACUUCUUUAUAUCAACACUAUGCAACUCACACAGGUCCUGUAAACAUGAUAAAAUUUCAUCCAAAGGGAAAUUUCAUGUUAACUGCUUCUAGUGAUUCUACAAUGAAGGUUUUAGACUUGUUAGAGGGUCGGCCGAUUUAUACACUUAAAGGACAUGUUGCUGGUACCAGUGUAACGUCAAUAACAUUCUCUUCUAAUGGAGAAUUUUUUGCUUCUGGUGGAGGUGAUCGACAAUUACUAAUGUGGAAGACUAAUUUUGAUAAAGAUGAUAUUGCUCGUAAAAUUCCGCGACAAUUAGUUUCACCUAUUACAGAAUCAAGUUUCAGCAUCAAUGAUGAAAUAUCUCAAAAAAUUGAUAUAUUUGAAGGAAGAGAGGAAACAAUGGAGAUACCAUUACAUGAAAAGUAUGAUAAUAUAAAUGUACAACCCGAGAAAAGUCAGUGUGAAGCACCUGACCCUGAAGCUUUGACAAAAAAUAUGAAACCUGAAAUAAUUAAUAUGAGAAACCAAAAACCAGUUGAAGAAGGUCGUAUUGUAAAUAUAUCAUAUUUAUCUAAACAAUUCUCUGAAAUGCAUGCAAGUAAUGCAGUAGAUGCCCUUAGUGAAGAAGUACAGUCAUUACAUGAUGCUGUUAUGAGCUUGGAACAACGUUUAACAAUAUUAGAAGAAGAAUUAAAAAAUAAUUGUUUAAAACAAUGGCAAUGAGGUCCUGGUUUUGUUUAUAAAAUAAGUUGAUGUGGAAAAUAUUUAAUCUAAAGAACUAACUGGAUUAUAGCCUGAUGGUAAAGUAUUGUGAAUCCAUCGU